AUGAGGAUCCGCCUGGUGAGAAGAUGGACGUGGGUCCGCAAAAGCUGCGUGUUUCUCGGCUUCUUGAUGAUCGCUUACUUUGUGGUCGAGCUGUCGGUUUCUUCUUUCGGUGCCUCUCUCGCCGGGGAGAGCAUCACCAAAGGGAGAUGGGAGAGGCUCUUUUCUGACAGAGCAGAAGAGGCUGUGGAUUUGGCUCGUCCAGUUUAUGACAAAUCCCCGCCUGAUCCUUAUGCCCCAGGAGAAUGGGGUAAGCCUUCUCGCCUGCAGCUGAGUCCUGAGGAGAAGAAACAGGAAGAAGAGCUGAUUGAGAAGUAUGCAAUUAAUAUUUAUGUGAGUGAUAAAAUCUCUCUCCACCGGCACAUUGAGGAUAAUCGACUGAGUGGCUGUAAAACUAAAUCUUACAACUACAGAAGGCUGCCCACGACAUCUGUUAUAAUCGCUUUUUACAAUGAAGCCUGGUCAACGUUGCUGCGGACGAUACAUAGUGUUCUUGAAACAUCACCUUCGGUGCUUCUAAAAGAAAUUAUACUGGUGGAUGACUUGAGUGAUACUGGUGAUGUCCUCACAUUUUUAGACUGUCACUGUGAAUGUGUCUCUGGCUGGCUGGAACCACUGCUCGAGAGGAUUGCUGAGAAUGAGACUGUUAUUGUUUGUCCUGUCAUUGACACCAUUGACUGGAAAACAUUUGAAUACUACAUGCAAACUUCAGAGCCCAUGAUUGGGGGGUUUGACUGGCGGCUGACAUUCCAGUGGCACUCGGUGCCUAAACAUGAACGUCUCAGGCGCAAAUCUGAAACUGACCCAAUCAGAUCCCCAACUAUGGCUGGUGGCUUGUUUGCUGUCAGCAAGAAGUAUUUUGAGUACCUGGGUACCUAUGAUACAGGAAUGGAUGUUUGGGGAGGGGAGAACUUAGAAUUAUCGUUUAGGGUUUGGCAGUGUGGAGGCAUGUUGGAAAUUCAUCCAUGCUCCCAUGUAGGCCAUGUGUUUCCAAAGCGUGCGCCCUAUGCUAGACCGAAUUUCCUUCAGAACACAGCACGUGCUGCUGAGGUGUGGAUGGAUGAGUACAAAGAGCACUUUUACAACAGAAAUCCUUCAGCAAGAAAAGAAAACUAUGGAGAUAUUUCUGAAAGAAAGAUACUAAGAGAGCGUUUGAAAUGCAAGAGUUUUAACUGGUAUUUAAAAAACAUAUUUGCCGAGUUACAUGUACCAGAAGAUCGUCCUGGCUGGCAUGGUGCUAUCCGCAGUGCAGGAAUAGCUUCAGAAUGCCUCGACUACGUCUUACCAGAACAUCAUCCCACUGGGGCUCACCUUUCUCUCUUCGGAUGUCAUGGUCAGGGAGGCAAUCAAUUUUUUGAAUACACAUCAAAUAAGGAGAUUAGAUUUAACUCUGUAACUGAGCUAUGUGCUGAAGUCCCUGAGCAUGAAGACUUCAUAGGUAUGAGGAGCUGCCCAAAAGAUGGGUCUCCUGUCCCAGAAAUUAUUAUAUGGCAUUUCAAAGAAGAUGGGACUGUUUAUCAUCCUCAUUCAGGAAAGUGCCUUACUGCUUAUCGUACAACUGAGGGGCGUGCUGAUGUGCAAAUGAGAACUUGUAAUGCUGCAGAUAAAAAUCAGAUUUGGAAAUUUGAAAAAUAAUCACUGCUGGCAGUACGAAUUGAAUGGACUGAUCUCCAAGGUUUUUACAUGCGUGAGCAGAUAGCGACGUUUGAUUGUAUACCUUGGAAUGUCUUUAGAUGCAUCUGUAGUGGUGUAGAAACUGUAUCUGCUGGGGUGAACUGUAUGGAAAGCAAAAGUAAAUACUGGGGUUUAGUUUCUAAAACGUUGAAUACAGAUCUAAUGCCUUUUAUUUUUGUAAGAUUUUGAUCUGUUAUUUUCUUACCUUGGGAUGUCUUGAUUAUGGUAAAACAAAGGCUUUUGAGUGGACUGAGGAGGGGUAUUUUUUUCUUAAAAAAGACAUUAUACACGUUAAACCUGCAAGAUAACAUAACAUGAAAGUAAAGAAUCUUACAGAAGUAAAAGUUAAGGUUCUUGCAGUAGAAUUAACUGACCUAUGUUGCAGAUACAUUAUAACAUAUGUAUCUAACACUCUAAGUUAUGCUACAGUAGCAUGUGAUUGAAUCAACAUUGAUGUGGAAAGUUGAAUCUUAAGCCUUGUAACAUUUCACGGUUUUCUGGGAAUUUACAUGCUCUUUAGGGUUUCAGGGUGACAACUAGCUAUAUUACAUUGAAGAAAAAGAAGGUUUUUUAGUAGAUGGGAUUUGGUACUGUUUUGCAGUCUUGUGCCUAUUCUGGAAAACUUCCCUCAUGAGGGUGAGUCAGGAGCCCUCAUGCAUUUAGAGAAGAGUGUGGUAGCAGUGGAACCAAGGACAUGCUAGCGGUACCACAAAUGGGAAGAAAUAGGGACGGCUGCAAGUAAUAAUUCUGUUUAAAGGUAAUGGAGAAGGAAAGAAAGCACAGAAUUGCAUUAGCUACUGCUGUUUCUUAGCUAUAUAUUUAAUAUUUACAUUGCCUCUGUGUAAGCUUCUCCACGUUAAGCCUGGCAUCCUAGGGACACAUAGCUUAUGUGACUAUACCAUGUAUGCAUAUUUUUUUUUUUUUUGGUCUGUCAGCGGGGUAGAGGAAGAAGACACAGAGGAAAACUUGGGCUGUUUUAUUUUGCGUUAUGUAUUUUGGCAACAGCUGGCAGUUAUCAGCCCUAGGUAGAGUUUUGAAAUAAUGCAGCAUACGCUGCCUCUUUCUAGUCACAGUAGUACCAUGGGAGACCUUGGGAAAGUCUGGGAAGCUGGAGUUCUUGAAGAGAGGGGAGUUGAAAAGGCAAAGGGCAGCUUGGAGGAAGCCAAGAUUUGUUGGCUAGGUGGUUAAGAACAACUACUUAGAAUGUUUUCUGUAUCCUGUUAUGCUGAGUUUUGAAGAAUAUUGAUUCUUGAAUUGUGUCACUAAUCUGUUUUGAGUGUGAUUAUAGACGGUAGAUGUGAUAGAUAUAUUGUGUACUUGAAAAAAAAAACCUUGUGUUAGUAUCUGUGUUUUUUAGCUUUAUAUGAUUUAAGUUGAACACUUAUCUUAAUGUUUCAGGCAUUCCAGCUUUUUUGAUUACUUUCACUGAAGUGAUAAAUGUUCUUCAGCAGCCACAGUGUAGUGAUUCUUGACAUGGGACUGGUAGGUAGGAACUUGAUCUAGUGAGCAAUAAGAAUCUGGAUACUUGAGGAAUGUAGUACGUGUGCAUUUACUGCAGGUGUUAGUAGGUAGAAGGGUUAGAAGGGAGCAAGUGAGACCUGAAAUAAGUGAAGAUUUGCCAAAAAUAAAGCAAGAGUAAAUUAAGAUGUAUUCUUGAAUCUUAGUGGUUUUAAAGAGUUGCGAGGUUUGGGUGGAAGCAGGCAAGAUAGAAUGGGAACAGAAGAAGAAAAUUUGGAGCUGGGGGUGUAGCAUUGAAUCAUGCUGAAAAUGCUUGCCGCUGUGUGGCAUGGGUUGUUUUAAGUCUGUAACUUAUUUU